UUUGAGAAAAAAGGUCGCUUGUGGACUUGAGAUACAAAAGCUAAUAUUAACAUUUAUAAUAAGCCAAAUAAAAUCACAAAACCGCUUUUAUAGACGGUUAGCAACAGUUCAGUUACAAACGCGUUUCUUUAUAGUUUGUUCCUGCUUGUCGCCGUAGAUUUCUGACAGCUGUAAACAUGGCCGAAGAAAGCUUAAUUGAGGGCGAAGAAGAAAACAUUUUAUACGAUUUACUGGUUAUUACUGAAUGGCCACCAGAGACGGACACUCAGUUGCGAGGCAACAAGGAGUACAGCACCUCUCUAAUUGCAAAAGCUGUGACAGGCCCUUUCCGCUUGAUCCUUCACUAUUUGUGGUACAGCCCCUCCAGCUCGUCCCUGCCUCUCGGUCUUGUCCGCCUGGCAAACAAGCAGAUCAACUGGCAGCUGGUGCUUGCAAGCAAUGGCAAACUGUUGGCAGUGGUUCAAGAUCAGUGUGUGGAAAUUAGGUCUGUGAGAGAUGACUUUGGCUCACUCAUUGGGAAGUGCCAGGUGCCGAAGGACCCAAAUCCCCAGUGGCGAAGGGUGGCGUGGAGCUAUGACUGCACUCUGCUGGCCUACGCUGACAGCACCGGCACCGUGCGCCUUUUCGACCUCAUGGGCAGCGAACUCUUCGUCAUUCCGCCGGUAACAGACCUUCUGAGAAAAAAAAAAAGUCAAUGUUUCAAGCUGGGUGUGUGA